ACCGCGCUCCAUCGUGGCUGGGAAAGACUCCUCCCCACUUUUCAGGGUUACCAUGGUAAAAGGGGCAGACGUCACAAUCGAAUAAACACAGCGUAUAAGUAUUAGAACCCCGGACUAAGGAGAAGAGCAGUUAAUAGUGUGUGCCGUGGAAGUGACACGUGUGGGUCGGGUACGGCAGAGGGACGGGGCACUGUAAAGAUCUGGAAGGAUUUUUUUCCAUUUUGUUUCUAAAUAAUAUUUUUUAAGAAGACUUAAAUUAAAAGAAACAUGGGGGUUGGGGAUGGCCGGGAUCAGUAUGAACUGGCGGCAACAUCUGAGCAGGGGGGCAAGAAGAAGGGCAAACCGAAGAAGAAAGAGAAGGAUAUGGAUGAGCUGAAGAAGGAAGUGGAUUUGGAUGAUCACAAACUGACUCUUGAUGAACUACAUCGCAAAUACAGCACUGAUCUCAGCAGGGGCCUUGCUAACACACGAGCUGCAGAGAUCCUGGCCCGCGAUGGCCCGAAUGCCCUCACACCUCCACCGACCACUCCAGAAUGGGUCAAGUUCUGCAAACAGAUGUUUGGUGGGUUCUCCAUGCUGCUGUGGACUGGGGCCGUCCUCUGCUUCCUGGCCUAUGGUAUUCAGGCAGCAAUGGAAGAUGAGCCAGCCAAAGACAACUUAUACUUGGGAGUUGUGCUCUCUGCUGUCGUCGUCAUCACUGGUUGUUUCUCGUACUACCAAGAGGCCAAGAGCUCCAAGAUCAUGGACUCUUUCAAGAACUUGGUCCCACAGCAAGCACUGGUUAUACGAGACGGUGAGAAAAAGAGCGUCAAUGCAGAAGACGUGGUGGUUGGAGAUCUGGUAGAAGUUAAGGGAGGAGACAGGAUUCCUGCUGAUCUGCGGAUCAUUUCUGCUCAUGGCUGCAAGGUGGACAACUCCUCCCUCACCGGUGAAUCUGAACCACAGACUCGUUCUCCUGACUUCUCCAACGAAAACCCCCUGGAGACCAGGAACAUCGCCUUCUUUUCCACCAACUGUGUAGAAGGCACUGCCCGUGGCAUAGUAAUCAAUACGGGGGACCGUACCGUGAUGGGGCGCAUCGCCACUCUUGCCUCUGGUUUGGAGGUUGGGCGCACCCCGAUUUCUCUCGAGAUCGAGCACUUCAUCCACAUCAUCACGGGUGUUGCUGUCUUCCUGGGCGUCUCUUUCUUCGUCCUGUCUCUUAUUUUGGGCUACUCUUGGCUGGAAGCUGUUAUCUUCCUCAUCGGAAUCAUUGUGGCCAAUGUACCUGAAGGUCUUCUGGCUACAGUCACAGUGUGCUUGACCCUGACUGCUAAGCGCAUGGCUAAGAAGAACUGCCUGGUGAAGAACCUGGAAGCCGUGGAGACCCUGGGCUCCACCUCCACCAUCUGCUCGGACAAGACAGGCACCCUGACCCAGAACCGCAUGACUGUGGCUCACAUGUGGUUCGAUAAUCAGAUCCAUGAGGCCGACACCACGGAGAACCAGAGUGGAACCUCUUUUGACAGGAGCUCGGCUACGUGGACGGCGCUGGCGCGCAUCGCUGGCCUGUGUAACCGUGCGGUCUUCCUUGCUGAGCAGACCGAUGUGCCUAUCCUGAAGAGAGAUGUUGCCGGCGACGCCUCAGAGUCUGCUCUGCUGAAGUGUAUUGAGCUGUGCUGUGGGUCGGUGAAGGAGAUGAGAGACAAGUAUGCUAAGAUCGCAGAAAUUCCCUUCAACUCGACAAAUAAAUACCAGCUAUCCAUCCAUAAGAACCUCAGCACUUCUGAGCCUAAACACAUCCUAGUGAUGAAGGGAGCCCCGGAGAGGAUCCUAGAUCGUUGCUCCAGCAUCAUGAUUCAGGGCAAGGAGCAGCCACUUGAUGAUGAGAUGAAGGAUGCCUUUCAGAACGCUUAUCUGGAACUGGGUGGCCUUGGAGAGAGAGUGUUAGGAUUUUGCCAUUUUUUCCUUCCUGAUGACCAGUUCCCUGAGGGCUUCCAGUUUGACACUGAUGAUGUGAACUUCACCACUGAGAACCUAUGUUUUGUUGGCCUCAUGUCCAUGAUCGAUCCUCCCCGUGCUGCUGUACCUGAUGCUGUGGGCAAGUGCAGAAGCGCUGGAAUCAAGGUUAUCAUGGUCACUGGUGAUCAUCCAAUCACAGCAAAGGCCAUCGCUAAGGGUGUAGGUAUCAUUUCAGAGGGCAACGAGACUGUUGAGGAUAUUGCUGCUCGUCUGAACAUCCCCAUUCAUGAGGUCAACCCUAGAGAUGCAAAAGCCUGUGUUGUUCAUGGAGGUGACCUGAAGGAUCUGACUGCUGAACAGCUGGAUGACAUCCUGAAGUAUCACACUGAGAUAGUGUUCGCGAGAACCUCUCCACAGCAGAAGCUGAUCAUUGUAGAGGGCUGCCAGAGACAGGGUGCUAUUGUAGCCGUGACAGGAGAUGGUGUGAACGACUCCCCCGCGCUGAAGAAAGCCGACAUCGGUGUAGCUAUGGGCAUUGCUGGCUCUGAUGUCUCCAAACAAGCAGCGGACAUGAUCCUCCUUGACGAUAACUUUGCCUCUAUUGUCACUGGAGUUGAAGAAGGUCGUCUGAUCUUUGAUAACCUGAAGAAGUCCAUCGCCUAUACCCUGACCAGCAACAUCCCUGAGAUAACUCCCUUCCUCCUCUUCAUCAUCGCUAAUAUCCCUCUGCCUCUCGGAACAGUCACCAUCCUCUGUAUCGACUUGGGUACUGACAUGGUUCCUGCCAUCUCCCUGGCCUAUGAGGCUGCUGAAAGUGACAUCAUGAAGAGACAGCCUAGAAACCCCAAAACAGACAAGCUUGUCAAUGAGCGACUUAUCAGUAUAGCCUAUGGUCAGAUCGGUAUGAUUCAGGCUCUGGCUGGUUUCUUCGCCUACUUCGUCAUCCUUGCUGAGAACGGGUUCUUGCCCUCUACGCUCUUGGGAAUCCGCGUUAAAUGGGAUGAUAAGUAUUUGAACGAUCUGGAGGACAGUUAUGGCCAGCAAUGGACCUAUGAACAAAGAAAGAUUGUGGAGUUCACCUGCCACACAGCCUUCUUUACCAGCAUUGUCAUUGUGCAAUGGGCUGACCUGAUCAUCUGUAAGACUAGGAGGAAUUCAGUCUUCCAGCAGGGCAUGAAGAACAAGAUCCUCAUCUUCGGACUCUUUGAGGAAACUGCCCUGGCUGCCUUCCUCUCCUACUGCCCCGGAAUGGACAUCGCCCUCAGAAUGUACCCCCUUAAACCCAACUGGUGGUUCUGCGCUUUCCCGUACUCCCUUCUUAUCUUUAUUUAUGAUGAAAUCAGAAAACUGAUUCUUCGACGCAGCCCAGGAGGUUGGGUGGAAAGGGAGACAUACUACUAGAACACCCACACCCCCCCCCACCUCACCGCAUCACACAGCUGUGUUCGUUUUUGCAUGUUAGUCUUGCUGUUCUGAAUUUUAAUCUCGGUAACGUUUGUUUUUAUAUAGAGAAUGCUCAGCACAAAAACCCAGAUUGUGAACUAAGACUUUGUGUGCCUUUGUUUUGGAACAGGACAUUUUAUACAUGGUUUCUAUCAAUGUAAUAUAUAUAAUAUCAGAAUAAAUCGUCAGUCAGGUCCUGUUUUGGUGUCUGUAUUCCUUCAUUAUAGAAAAUUAGUGGUCAGGUUAGGAAUUUGGGGAUCUGCAUUUUUGUAAUUACAAGCUAUUUCCCCAAGCCUAUUUAAAGUUUUAAGCUCCUUUUUUAUUCUGUAGUUGAAUACUACAACUUUGCCAUUCAAAACAAUCCUGGUGAAUGCAGUCAAGGCUACAGCCUGGUAGUAAUAAGCAGUUAAUAUGUCGGUCUUUUGUACUCAAAGGCCUAUGUAAGUGAACCCUCCUAUACCUGCAAUCGUGCGCAUGCUUUAAUGUCAUUGAACAAUUGUUCUGACUACAGGCAAUGUGAUCUGAGCAUAUUGUUAAUUUUUUUUUUUGCUUUUCUUCUUGCAAGUUUCUGUUCUGAAAUCAAGCCUUUAUAAGCUUUAAUGAGGUAAAGCAGGUUUACCGUUUCAGUUCUCCUGCCAGUAGGGCCCCUUUUUUCCUAAGCAGUUCAGGAAUGCUAAAUCCCAUAUUCUCUGAUGUGAUGGGUCAAAGUACAGAAACAGUGGAUGAACACAAAUUAAAUUAAACCCCCGGGGAAAGACCACCAGGCCCCUUAGCUCAUCAUCUCGGGAGUGUGCUUAUGGAUAACGCUACUUUAAAAAAAAAAAUAGGAUUAGGCUGUAUACCUUUAGAAAAUCAGCAGAGAACUGGACUAACGGUUACCUGUAACACUUGUUUGUUUUUCACUUUCCAUAUUUUGCUGUUCAAUGUCUGAAAGCUGAAAAUGGGUGCAGGGCCCCUCCCCCAGCCCCCACCCCACUCUCCAAGCUCAUUCACAAGAGUUGUGCGGCAACGGCGUGUCUGCAUUUGCAUUCCGACCGCGGAUUUUCCUUCCGUCUUUGGCUGAGAGCGUUCGCUGCAACGGAGGCUUCUACGCAUUCCGUCAUUCUCCCUCAGCUUCCUGGGACAUCGCGGGCUCACUUCCCACGCCAAAGGCUGAGUUCUGCCCCGCCCAACUCUAGCCCACAGCCGACGCAGGACUGGCAGGGGGUGAAAGAGGGGGAGCAACAAAGAGAGACCUGUAGGCAUGGAGACAGCCCCGUUUCCUGGAACUAUGUCAGCUUCCAUUGACGGACUACUUUUGUGUGAAUGUUUUAGGUAUUCUGCAGUGGACCUGGACUUGCUGAAAGGCGAUUUUUCAUUCAAGACAGUGUUCUGCUUGUAUGUGGAUCUAAAACCCCACAUACUUUAUUUCCAACUGUGGGUUUUUUUUUUUCUCUGCCUGGUUUGCUUCUUUCUUUUUUUGGUCUUGGAACUGAAAGUUAGCAUGAUUAACAUACUCUAUUGAAAACGGAGGGAACCAAUCCAAGCUCUGUUACUGGGAAAUAGGCACUGUGGUUGUAGCAUGCUCGUUUUCAUUCUCUGUAAAUUCAACGACCACUGAGAGCAAAAAUGUGCAAAAACGUUGCUCGCUGUCGGUUGAAAAAGAAUAUUCUGUCUUAAUCAGAUUAUGUUGCCGAAUAAAUUGUAGCACCAAUGUAUUCUAUUCCAAGAAAUGCAUAUUAAGGGUUUUAGCUAUAUCCCUGAAAAUAAUACUGAAUGAUCACGCAUGUGGUGUGGCUACUUAGUAAAUCUAAAAUACUAUUUACGAUUGACUGUCCGUGUUAUUGAAUCGUUGUGUUCUGGGGGGAUUUUCAGAGCAUGUUAUGAUGACCUUGCAUGGAAGCAUGCUGGAGUCAAAGAGCUCGACGUACCUCUCCACCUCAACAACAAGUCUUGCGCCAUCUUUGUUUUAACAGUCUGUUUAUCUACCCAAACUCCGUCCUUUAAGCGGAUUGGAUCCUGAGGCGUUUGUAACGUCCCCUACUUCCCUAGGCUGAUUUUUCCACUAACAGAAUGGCAAACCAGGGGCCCUGCCGUUCAUAAAUACUCCUGCCGUCUCCCCGGGCCUUAUCUUUAGAGUCGAGUGCCUCUAAAGUGGGACACUGGAGACAGUAUUGGGAUGGGAUGUAUGUUUCAUGUAGCUAAUGACUCUUUCUGCCCCAGUUAUGAGCACAGGGUAGACAGCAGUUCCUGCCAAGCUUAAUUCCUGGACCUAGGACAAAGUUACUUCAACUGGGCCUCCAUGAUGCACAGCCCCUCCCAUCUGGGCCCUCUCCUGGCCCCCACCCCAGGGACAGGACAACCUCCCCAGUCGUCCGCCCGAGAUGCCUGGUGGAUAGAGCAAAUCAAGACUAAGACUUUCGCACUUAAUCACUUUAAUAAUGUGCUUCUUACCCUGUCACUACUGGGGGGAGAACAAUCGCCAUAGUAACUUCUCAAUUAAUAUAACUUAAGUAAAAAUGGGGCAAAGAGCUUAAAGGUCUAAAAAAAAACUAAAGGUAAUUACAAAAAAAUAACAAUGUAGCCAUUGGUGUUGUUAUAAAAAACGACUGCCCACACUGUAUAAAACUGUAAACAAAAGAGAGACUGCAACCAAUUCAUAAAAGCAGGAAUGCAUUUCUGUACAGCUCCAUUGCGGGUUAUUUUUGUGAACAUUUCUCAUGUGGUGCUAUAUCUAGCGUCACUCAAAGUAUGAUUUCAUCGAAAGGGGUCAACGAUCUGUUAUCUGAAGAAUCGUUAAUGAUCUCUGUUCUUUGGCAUUGUCACUUCACCGCCAUGUGUCUGGUACGAUUUUAACAAAUAAAAUUCAAUGCAAUUCUUCUUUCA